AUGGAGGUUGGGAUGGGGAUGGUUCUGUGGGUGAAAGGGAUCGUUCUUUUGACCUGCCUGGAAGGCUACGUCUCUUCCAGUAUUAGUGAAAAUGGGACCAUGAAAGAAGUCAUGUCACAGCUUCAUUCUCUAUAUACAAACCCCAAACAGCUACCCUGCAAUUCAAGUAUGGUGUGGAAAGUCGACUUUAACAAGGAAAAGCUCUGCGCAGUAUUGGAGGUCCUCAAUAACGUUACCAACUGCCCCGGAAUCAGACCACUUCAGAGAAACAUGAAUGCUCUCCUGGGCAACAGCAGUAGGAAUGAAACCUGCCUCGAGGUUCAAGACACCAAGAUCCAGCUGAGUAGGUUCCUGAAGGAUCUCCGCAUAUUUUUGUUGAAGAGUAACCGAAGUGGGAUAUCCAAUCCUUGGCUGGGCAACUUUACUAAAGGAUGA